UUAGAUUGCCGUGAAUCCAGCCGCUCCAAACGUGCCAAAAGAGUUAGAGCACCAGAACCGGUACAUUUUGAGCCAGAACCCCAUCAAGAUUUGGAAAGUGAUGACAGCGGUAGCCAAGAAAAGGAUUUACCCGAAAUACCCACCAAUUUUUUAAGUCCCUCGGUCAGGGAAUAUUUAGAAUUGGGAAAAUCAAUACCAGGACGUCCUGGUGUUGAUUAUCCCAUACUCUCAGCCAUUCCAUAUACAAAUUUUUAUUGUGAUGAACAACCAUAUCCAGGAUUUUUUGCUGAUAUGGAGACCAGAUGCCAGGGUUGGCACUAUUGCGACAUCGAUGGACGCCAGGCCUCGUUUCUUUGCCCCAAUGGCACACAAUUUUCUCAGGCUGUUUUUGUUUGUGACUGGUGGUUUAAUGUACGCUGUGAUCUGUCUCCGCGUCUCUAUGCCAUCAAUGCGCGUUUGUAUCAACGUCCAAAAGUGAAUCCCACCCGACCACAUCGUAUUAUAACAAAAGAAUUAGUGGAAGAUAUUUUUAAUUGAAAUAAAUUAAAUUCUGCGUAAACACAAUUUGAGCGAAGUGUUAUAUGGGCGCUAAUCGGCGUUAAAGUGAGACAUAAACA